AGCACACCGGAUAUGUCGUAAUAAACGUUGGAGGCGUUGGAUUUCUCUUCCUGCGUUUGCCGUAAUUACAAACCCGGUUGCUUUUAAAUGUGAAUGUAGAAACACCGCCCGCGAGAGCUUGUGUGUGAUAUAAAGUGUACAACUAAAUAUUUCCCGCGCGAUACUGCUUUGUACGGAGUUUAGUAACGCCACAAACAGCAAACCCGUAAAGAUGGCAGGUAUACUGGAUGUCCCAAAGCCAAGAAUAACGUGCUCUUUGCUGUCGCAGUACAUAAGCAGACCGGUCUGCUUCGUUGGGCGCGUGGAAAAGGUUCACCCAACGGGAAAAACGUUCACUGUCGCGGAUGGAGAAGGAAAGAUCGCAACAGUUGAACUUAACGAUCCUCUUGAGGAAGGGCUGAGCGGUAUUGUGGAGGUCAUUGGCAUGGUGUCCAACAAAGGAGUUCUGAUGGCCAGCACAUACAACCUGCUGCGAGAGGACAAGGGCAUUCCUUUUGACUUGGAACUCUACACUGAAGCCCUGAAAGUCAUCCAUGACUUCCCGCAGCACUACCCUUUUGAAGUGGCUGCAAGUGGAUGAGGCUCAUCUGAGAGGGUUAGGUCUCUGGAGACUGAUGUUUGGUUCAUGUGCCCAGUGUUUGUUUUCAGUAGAAAUAGAUUUGUACAAAGGAGUCCGUAAUGUCACGUUCUGUCAAUAAAUUAAAACCUGUAAAGACCAAA